ACAAACCAAGGAAUGGAUGUCUGAGUUGUUCACUCCGGAAGAGGUUCAGUUGAUUUGUUAGAUUCCUCUGAGUGUCAGAAACCCGAUGGAUAGAGUUGUGUGGCACUUCACUAAAAAUGGCUUGUACAAUGUGAAGAGGCACGGAUACAGCCUAAGGUCAAAAGCUUCAUUUGGAGGUUUGCGCGUGGCAUUGUUCCAACAAAAGAGGCACUGGCAAGGAGACAUGUCCAGCUUCCAAACCAGUACGUUGGGCCUUAAAGCUAGAAAUCACCAGUCGUCCUCUUUAUCUGGUUGGAUAUUGGACAUGAUGGAGGUACUUCGAGCGCAACAGCUAGAUAUUUUCUUCAUGGCUGCUUGGACAAUUUGGGUGGAACGAAACAAUGCUGUCUGGAAUGGGAGUGACUUUGUGCCCGUGCAUGCUGCGUCUUGGUCGAUGAAUCUCCAUGAGUACCAAAUGCAAUCAAGUGACCAAUUUUCAGUCACCCAAUCAAUCGAUUAGGUGGGAACCAGCGAUAUGGUUGGGCAAUCAAUUGCCGUUGGAUUCCUCUUCUUGUCCUUAUCACCCUACUGUUAUCAAUUAGAUCAUGGCUGCAAUUGCUUUUAGGAAAUUUUACUUAUUUCUGAUAAAGUGAUAAACAAUAGACAAGCUUGGCCCACUUUAUCCGUUACUAAUUGACGUUGUACUGAUAACGUUCUAAAUCUAAUGACU